AUGUCAGGUGUGGAGUCUCGACUUGCAACACUCACAUUGGAUAUGGAUGAUCUCAACAAGCUCCCAGGGCUCGGCAGCCACUCAGAACUUCCUUCCAGCUUCCAAGACAUUUCCCAGCUCGUGACUACGCUUCCUGCUAUAUUCAACUCGCUCAAUGUUCGCCGUGCCAUCAUACCUGCUGCUAAUGGACAUUGCUCAGCUCGUGCACUCGCACGCUACUAUGCAGCCCUUGUCGAUGGUGGUGUAAUCCCACCACCACAUUCAUCAUCUUCCAAGCCACCACUUGGUAGCCACACCCACAUUCCAAAGUUUCCCUCCCUGAAAACUUCCAAUAAACAGGAAGGUGGCAAUGUUCAGGAGUUGACCAUGGCCUCAACCAGAACCAAUGGUCCCAAACAGCUGCAAAACUUAAAUAAUUCCUUCGAUACUGGUCAUGGUAAAAAGGUUAAAAGUACCAAUUACAUGAGGCUUGCUACUGAUAGUAGUUGCAGCAAUAGUAGUAAUCCCAAUACAGUUGAAAGCAGUGAGGUUGAUGGUCAUGGAAACAAUGGUAAGAUUUUUAGUAAUCCAAAGAUUCAUGAUGCAUUUUUGGGUGCCGGAGAGUAUGAGAAUUUGGUAUUCCCAAAUGGGAUGUUUGGGCUUGGGUUUAAGAGGGUUAAAUCAAAGGAUGGCUCUUUUGUUGGCUUUGGUCACUCGGGUAUGGGUGGAUCUACUGGAUAUUGUGACAUAAACAAUAGAUUUGCUAUUGCUGUGACCCUAAACAAAAUGUCAUUUGGGGCUGUGACCAGAAACAUAAUUCAGCUAGUUUGCUCUGAACUAGAUAUUCCGUUACCCGAGGAAUUCUCCAAAGUAGGGGAGAGGGGACCUUAUAUGCAGUUAAAUUUGGAGACACCUCUGAUCAAUUAA